AUGGGAACAGGCGAUAGGCUGCUGGACAUCCCUUGCAAUGUAUGCGGUGACAGAAGUUCCGGAAAACAUUACGGGAUAUACAGCUGUGAUGGUUGCUCGGGUUUCUUCAAGCGGUCUAUCCAUCGAAAUCGAGUAUAUACGUGCAAAGCAGGUGGCGAGUUGAAGGGACGCUGCCCAGUUGACAAGACACAUCGAAACCAGUGCCGCGCUUGUCGCCUUGCCAAGUGCUUUCAGGCCAAUAUGAAUAAAGAUGCUGUGCAACAUGAAAGAGGACCUCGUAAACCGAAGCUCCACGCUGGCUCGUUGGGCUCGCUGCCUCCUCCAGGAAUGUCGCACGCGCACAAACCACACCCUUUAAAAUUAUCGCCGCCUUCACCUUACACGUCAUUGCCACAGCCUUUUAAUUUUCAGUUUAGUAUAACCAAUAUCAGCGAAUCCGCACCACUAAGCACGGCGUCUUCCGGCGGUUCGAGUGGUGCGGGCGGUGCAGGCGCUGUCAGCCCUCUGCCCCUUAUCACAGACCCUUUCUUGGCCCCGCCACCACCAGGGCUCCUACAUAUGCUUAUGUCCAGUGAUAAAUGUCAGGAACUAAUGUGGAGCGCCAAGCAACUCCAACUUCAAGGAGAUCCAAGCCUCUUGCGGCCGCCGCACACCGCUUUCGGCGCACCUCUCGCGCCUACGUGGGAACUACUGCAGGAAACAAGUGCCCGACUGCUAUUCAUGGCUGUGCGUUGGGUGCGUUGCCUUGCUCCAUUCCAGGCGUUGGGUACCUCUGAUCAGCUAGUACUAUUACGAGCUGCAUGGAAGGACCUAUUCUUGCUUCAUCUGGCGCAGUGGUCUGCACCCUGGGACCUUGCUCCUCUACUGUCAGCUCCCGCUGCUCGAGCAAGACUUCCGCCCGAACCACUCGCUGAUUUAGAACUGAAUACUCUACAGGAAAUAUUAUGUCGGUUUCGACAGAUUGCCCCCGACGGUAGCGAAUGUGGAUGUAUGAAGGCAAUAGUUUUAUUUUCUCCUGACACUGCAGGUCUAAGUGAGACUCAGCCGGUAGAAAUGCUUCAGGAUCAAGCCCAGUGCAUUCUCGCAGACUAUGUUCGGACUAGGUAUACUCGACAGCCUACUAGGUUUGGCCGUCUGCUGCUUCUACUACCGUCCCUCCGCGCCGUGCGUCCACGAUCUAUCGAAUUACUACUAUUUCGAGAAACAGUUGGUGACGUAUCAGUUGCCACACUGCUCCACGAUAUGUACCGCAUGCAACCCGCACCUCACCCGGCCUUUGCUACUGUCACCAACGCAGAACACUCUUCCUCGCCAUGAAGUUUGCUUCUCGAAUCCUCUACGUUUCCACAUAAGAAUCUAUUACAUAGUACUCAGAGGACAUUUUAGAUUUAUAGGCCAUCCUAAUUUAGAUAAAGUUUGUGGUUAAAUUACUUAUAAUUUUAAGUGUAAAUCAAAGGCACUAGGUUGCACCAACUUACACACUAAAGCUUGUGUCAUGCAUUGUUUUUUUAUCUAAUGGAUUUUUAUUAUUUAUUUAUUACAACAUUUGUGCAAAUCCGAAAGAAUACUUAAAACAACAUAAACAUGACUUCAGACAAUUUUAGGAAGUAGUCAAUGUUAAAAUAAAACAAGAUAAGUUGUCCAUAUUUUCCACAAUUAGUCAUAUUUAUUCUUAACAUUUCGGUAAUUGUAAAAAGUAUUAUAAACUUUUAUUUCCUAGCCUAUUAAAUAAGGAGUUUGACUUGUAAUACAACUAGUUGAAUUCAUAGAAAAUUGUAUGUAAAUAUGUUUAAUUGUGCCUCAACAGACUGUUUAUUCUUAGAGCUUUGAAACUCAACAUGUAAAAUAAGAUAUUGUAUUAGACAUGUAUAAAUUUAAAAAAUAAGUUUAUCAUACAAAUUAUAAUUAGUAAGAGCAAUUAAAUGUCUUAUUAUAACUAGCAGAUUGUACGCAUUUCAGCUAUUUGAGUCUUCAAUUAUAAAUUUUCAAAUAAUUCUAGUCAAAACUUGUAUAUAUCAUAUUGUUGGUUUGUUAAUAAAUUUAUUGGCACAUCAUUACAUGAUGCAGUUAUUGUUACUGUAUAAUAUAAAACGUGAAAUCUAGUCAUUUCUCUAGUCACACAUAUUGUAUGUAUAUCUAGUGUUAUAAUAAGUGUAUUGAAUAAAAAAUUGUGUAUAAGAAAAAUAAACAUAUCUCAAAUCAGCAUUUGAUAUACUACCUGA